UGCAGGCUCCUCCCCCCUCAGUCGCUGUAAACAAUAAGCUGCCUGAGGAUCUCUCCUGCUCCCCCCAGCACCUCAAAGCACCCCGAUACCUGAGCCGCCCAGUCUGAUGACCCCCCGCCGGCCGUGGCUGCACCCUGCCUGCACACAGCCGCCUGAUAUGUCCCUGGAUGCGGGGGCCGACCCUGUGCACAGUAACAGCCCCUCUCUGCGCUGCCAGGACCCCGCCAGUGGCCCCCAAUAAUGGAGGGAGCUGGGGGGCCCUAGAUGGGGGUGCUGACCUCAGUGCUUGCUGCCUUGGAGAGGUGAGACCCCAACAUACAUGGGGGAGUGGGGGGACCUGGGUCCCGCCCAAAUAGUUUGAGAUUUGAGAGGGUCUGCAACGGUCCCCAGCCUAUCCCUAACUGUCAGAUGGGGGUGGGAUUAUUAUUAUUAUUAUUAUUAUUACUACAGGAUAAUACUGAACCCAAACAAACUACUUCUGUGUUUAUUUUUAUUUUUUUGUAAGGGUGAGGGGGAGCUACAUUACUCACUUAUCAUAUAGAACAUAAUAUUAGAAAUGUGUAUAAAUAUAUAUCUAUUUAGCCGAUUACAAAACUAAUUUCCCACAAUUUCUAUGGGUUGGUAACUUUUUAUGUUUUCCCCUAAGUAAUCUGAUCUACUCGCUGGGAAACUUUGUUCAUAUGUGUGUGUAUUGUGUGUUUUAUUACUGCUGUGUUGUUGUUCCCGUGACUUCCCUUUUUUAUGUAAGUUUCGGUACUUUUUCUUGUUUGUUUAUUUGUAAUAUGGUGUGCUGUUUAUUUACGCUUUCCUCUCUGUACUGCUUGUUUUGUAAUCUAUUUGAGUCGUUAUGUGAUGCAGUGGUGGUUCUUGAGACCCCUGUGAAUUAUUUACAAAUAAGUGUAAAGUCACAAAAUCCCAAAUAUUAGUGAAUUCAGUACAAAUUAGUUUAAAAAAAAAAAGUUUUUUUAAAAAAAAAAGCCAACCUGUUACUAUUGCGUAGAAAAUUUCUAAAACCACUAUUAUUGCUUAUAUUUUGCCAUUCAGUUUUUGUUUUUUAUUCUCUAUCAUUAUGUGUUAUUGAUUAAACCCAUAAUGCCCAGUUGGUUUCUGUAUAAUUCCAUGGUAAGAAUAAACAUAAUCUUAGAGUUCUAUGGUGUUUAUCAAAAUGACUUGAACAUUUUUUUUUUAAGCUAAAAAGCUGCAAGUCUGUAACCACUUUUCUUAUAUUAUGUUUGAAGUAAAGUUGUAUGUCAUACUGUGACAAAAAAUGCCAACUUGUGGUAUUAAAUGUUAUCUAGUAUACUGUUUUUUGAGGGCACAUACAUAGCCCAUAUCUUUAAUUCUGAAAGUUUAUCCUACCUAAUUUUAAAGCAAGCUUCCCCGGCUUAAAUGAACACUUUAGGCUUCAUAAAAACUUAAUCUCAUAAAAUGCCUGGAGUUCCCAAUCAACAUCCCAUUGUUAUAGAUUAAAAAAUUUUUGAUUGAUUUUUAAUAGUGAAUGAGGUUGUUGGGUUGCGCUCAGUCAGACUUUCUCUGAUUCUCUGCCUAAUGCUUCAACAUUAGCUUGGAUUGUGAUUGGCAGCAGCAAGAAUAUUCAACGGACUCUAUCAGCUUAACACUCUACAUCAUCAUUGGUAUGACUAAUGAGAGUACAUUCUGCAGUAGCCAUUCCUCCAGGGGUGACUCUCAAAAGUCAAUAUUUAAAAGCUACCUAUACGUUUUGCUUUCCUGAUUAAGUCUCACCAUUUUUACAUGUAUGUUUGUAUGUGCCCUGCCUUACACACCUGGCAUGACAUGUACAUUUAAUGGAAGACUCCAAGCACCAUAACUAGCACAGCGUGCUGUUGUGCCCUGGCAUCCCUCAUUUUUAAGUAUUUAAUCAUUUGAUAACUGUUUUGACUCUUGCCUGGGGUCUGCUGGGCCCAGCUCUCUGACUCUUGUGGGGUCCUGAUUUUGAGAGCUAUGAGUCAUGCCUUGCACCUUCUGGCUUAGAUCACAGUUAUAAGCUUGCUACUUUCAUUAAGGGAAGGGAUCCCAAGUGAGAAGUGAAAGUACAGUUUUAUAGGUGGGGGGUUUUGUUUUAUUUGAAUUUUAUUUAAUGGUGUAAUUUCCCCGAGAAGUUCUCAUUUAGACAAUCACUUUUUGUCCAUGGUGUACUCUCACGAAUACAUUCAAUGUGUGACUGCAGAAAAUAGAAUCCAACCAGGAUAGACUUGGCUAUUUUUCCGCUUUAUAGUUGUGAAAAGUAAAACUUUUUUUUUUUUUUUUUUUUUUAAAUAUUGCUUAUAAACCUCAAAGUUCAUAGUCACCAGGUUUAUGCACCCUUCCUUCCUUAUUUAAAUGUAUCCAAUGUAUAUGUACUCAAGAAACCUAGUGUGACUCUUGAACAAUACAUUUAAGGGGCACUUUAGGUCAAACUGUUUUCGCAGUGUGUUAAUUUGCUCGUAUGCCCUGCUGCCACUUCACUAAUGCUGGUCUUCCAAUUCUGCCAAUCCUAUUUUCGAUGAUUGUGACAGACUGAAGAGGUUUGUUUAAUAUCACAUGACUUGUCCUGUUAUUUUGGGUAAUACGUUUCUUACACAUUGUAAUUUGCACCUUGAUAUCAACAGUGAAAAAUUGGAUUUGAUAUUUCUAAAAGAGUGCUCUUUAAGUUAGAAUUUUAUUUUUAUUUUUUAGAUAUCUGUGCCUACCAUUGAAAAUUGGACCGGUCAAGAAGUACCAUGAAAUUCACUGUCCUCUUGGAAAGCCAACGUCUUGCAUCACAGCUAGAGAAUGGCCUCCAGUCAGAAACCACCAAAUUGAAGGUUCCUUCCUUUCAAGGAUCCACCAUCAAGGUGCAUGCAGACUCCUCAGAUUCCUGUAUAGUUUUUUUUUAUUUUUUAUUAUUUGUCACUUUGUGAGUAAAGAUGUGUUGUACAUUCUGCGAGCUUUGGAGUUGCUGUUUAGUGAGUGAGCUGGAUCUUGUAGGUAUGAACUUUUUUAUAUUGUAUGCACCAUAACCACUACAGAGUGCCUUGGUGCCCCCCACCCCAUGUAAGUAAUCAAACCACGUGGUAUCUGUUUAACUUUGUUCCUAAUCCUUACUGUGAUUGUUCUCAUCAGCCAAUGAGCUUUGCUAACCGUUCAGAGGGUGGAGACACUGAAGGCCAGUGCUGCACUGCCCCAAGAAGCACCUCUAGUAGCCAUCUGAGGAGUGGUCAGUGGAGCGAUUCCUAGGCUGUUAUCUAAACACUGCACUUUUCUCUGUAAACAAAACAGUGUUUACCUCAAACAGCCUGAAAUUAUAAUUAUACUCACCAUAACAAAUGCAAUAAGCUGUAGUUCUUCUGGUGACUAUAGUGUCCAUUUAAGCUUGCUGAAGAGCUUUAUGUGUAAAUAGUGUCCCAUUUUGUCAAAUGGAAAAGUGCAGAUUUUAACUUUGCUAAUAUUAAUUUGAAAGAAUGAAGAAAGAAAAGAAAAGAGCCUUAGAUUACUUGAACCUCCAUGGGGGUUAACCCCUAAUUGAGUAACAGAAAAAGAAAAGAAGAGGUUGGAGAUUCCAGUAUUAAUUCGUAUUGACACCAGAGGAACACUGAAAUAUCAAGUGAAACUGUCAAUUUAAAUUAAGAAGUCCCUUAAUACUAAGGGCACUACACACACUAUUAUACUAAACACGUGCACAUACACCACAUCUAGUGAUACUAAACUUCAUCAAUAGAUGACAAAAUGAUUUCACUGAAUCGAAAAGAAGUAGUAAGGUACCCACUACAGACUAUCUUAGUCUUUGAAGUGAAAUCCUAAAGUCUCCUAAAUCAAUUUACAUAAAAAACCUUACUUCUAAAUAAAACUUUGCUACCCUCAUCACUGUCAGACAAUUAGUCAUGUUACUUUCUGGUUUGUUUAGCUCAGUGGAGCUAAACUCAAGAGGCAGCAAUUGUCCAGAGCACCUGCAUUGCAAAUACCGUAUAUACACGACUAUAAGACGAGUUUUUCAGCACAUUUUUUGUGCUGAAAAACCCCCACUCGUUUUAUACUAGAGUCAAUGUCUGUAUUAUGGCAACUUACAUUGCCAUAAUACAGACCAGGACCGCCGGGCUCAUUACAAGCACGGCGGUCCUGUUAGGGGCUGACAGAGAGCUGUAACUUACCUUUCCUGCAGCUCCUGUCAACUCCCUUCUCUCUCCUCUGGUCCGGUCAGCUCCACUGUAAGUCUCGCGAGAGCCGCGGGGUCAGAGCGUUGCCACAGGUUACCGUGGCAAAGCUCCGUGCGGCACUGAGACCACGAGACUUACAGGGGAGCUGACCGGACUGGAAGGGAGCUGCAGGAAAGGUAAGCCCCCCACCUACACAGCCCAUGCCACUAGACCACCCGGGAGGGAGAGCCCCCCUCACUGGCCAUGUAUCAAGCAGGGAGGGGGUUCGAAAAAAUCAAAAUAAAUAAAUAAUAAAAAAAAAAUAAUAAAAUAAAAUAUAUUAAAAAAAUUAUGUUAAAAUAAUGAUUAAUAAAAAUGUCCACCCCCCACCAAGGCACUGCAUUCACGCGCACACACACACACACACACACACACACACACACAAUAUUCAAUUAAUAUUUUUUGGGGGGAUAUGAUUUUAUUUAAAAAAUUUACCACUACUGCUGCAUUUCCCACCCCAGUUUUAUACUCGAGUCAAAGUUUUCCCAGUUUUUGGGGGUAAAAUUAGGGGUCUCGACUUAUAUUCGGGUCGACUUAUACUCGAGGAUAUACUGUACUUCUUAUUGAGCUGCAUUUCUGACAGCCAAAAAAAAAACAUGGGCUGGGGGAGAAGGGGACGGGUUUGUAAUGGAUUCAGACAAGAAAUAUGUAGCUUCUACAAACUUUUAGAUAUAUCCCUAAGGACAAAAUGCAUAAUUUAAACGCAUACAUGAUUUCAUUGGGGUAUAUCUACUAACAGUUUUUUUUGUUUUUUUUAAACAAGUGUGGGCAGUGGAGUGUACCUUUUUAUGUGCGCUGAAUGAAUGUAGCUCUUGUAUAAAACGUAAUCUGCGUGCACACUCUGACUUGAAAACUUAUAUUUCAUCCUGCAGGGCACAGAUAUCUCUCCAUCACAGUAUGAGCAGGCUGUGCUGUGGAUUGAAGAAUUAAGGUCACUCUUCCACUUUUAUCCUGAGACCUUUUUCUUGGCAGUCAGCAUUCUUAACCGCAUUCUGGCAUCUGUGAAGGUAAUCUCUUCUUUAAUGAUUCUCAUAGGGGGCUUGCUCAUGUCUAGGUCCACUAUAUAGAGGCUCUUGGAGACUCACCUGAUUAUGCAUUGUUUUGCACUGUCUGAGGAGUCCAGAGAACUCCCCAGUUAGCACUAAGGGGCACAGGAGGUUGCACAGCUCCUCCCUCACAGUGUUACUCUUUGAAGAAACACUGUUCUGAUUAGUGCUGUACAAUAGGUGGACUAACUACCUAUUUUUGCACCCUGCUCAAACGAGCUUACACAAACAUGUAUUCUUCAUACUAUAAUAUUCUGGUAACUAUUUGGAUAUGUGGGCAACCCUAAAUAAAAAAUACGUUUAAAUUGCCUUGUUUCUCUGUGACUGACCCUCCUCCCCGAAUGAGAUCAUAAAUGCUAGUCUCAGCCAGUCCCCAAAGGUAAGUAUUGAUCAGCUAGUGCACAUGCAUGGCAAAUGAGUGCACUGCACCAGUCAGCAUCUCCUCACAGACAUGCAUUUAUGCAAUGUAUCUCUGGGUAGCGUUCAGUGUCUCCUAGAGAUGCUUAUUGUCAGCCUGGCAAUCUUUGCAGGACCAAAACUAGUAAGUUCCUCUACUAGAUGUGAGUGACAUCCACUAGAGGUAACCUUAAGCAGCAGGUUAAAAACACUGCCAUUUUUUUUUUUUUAAAUAAGCAAAUACUGAGGCUGCAGUAACAGUCUCCAUGGAUCAGAACCAUUGCAACCACUUGUACUGCAGUCAUAAGAUAUAUGGCCAAAAGUAUAUGGAUGCUCUUACUAAUUGAGUUCCUGUGUUUGUCUUGCCUAUUUCUAACUGGUAGAUGCAGCACAUAGCCAUGAGCCAUGAAAUCUCCAUAGACCCAUUUUAGCAAUACAAUGGGAUGUACUAAAGAGCUCAUUCAUUUUAAACAUGGCACUGUUAUAACAUGCCACCUUUGCCACAAGUCAAUUUAUGAAAUUUCUGGUCCACUGUAAGGGGUAUUAUUGUGACAUAGAAGGUACAAAGCGCAACAACAAAGUGGUGGACCCCAAGUAAUGACAUAAUUGUGAUGCUGAAGUGUCAGAGUUAAAGCUUUAAAUAGAAUAAUAAAGGCUUUCCAGAUGUCCGUUCCUCAUAGAAGUCUUUAUUACUGUAUGCUAGCAUAAUGGAAGGCUAACACAGUGUUACAUCAGACGUAGCUUUCUGAGGCAAAAUGAAGGCUUCAACCUGUAACGAGUUAAAACCUGUAACAAUGGUAUAGCGGGAAAAAAACAGGAUACUUAUAUGGAGGAUUUCAAUAGGUUACCUGUCUACAGAUAUAUAAAUGCAAUACCCUUUACGUAAAUUCAAUAGGGCUGUGAAUUCCCAGAGUCUCACUUCUCGAACAUUUGAUAAGCAACCAUUACUGGAAAUCAUCAGAGCGUAUCACAAUGCUGCCAUUUUUUUUCAUAAAGCUUGCCAUUACAGAAACAGUGAAAAAAAUAGUUUUGUUUAGUGAUAAAUCAUGCUUUACUAUCUGGCAGUCUGAUGGAAGAAUCUGGAUGUGGGUGUUGCCAUGGAAAUGUAUAGCCUCUACUGUAAAGUUUAGUGGAAGUGGGAAAAAUGGUCUAGGGCCCUGGGUUUGUGUUUUUUGUGGGGGGUUUUCAGGUUUUGGUUUAGACCCCUUAGUUUCAGUGAAGGGUCAUCUUUUAUGCAACAAAGUAUAAAGGCAUCUUACACAAUUGAUCUCUAACUUUGUGGCAUCAGUUUUAGGAGUUUCAGAUGGGUGGCAGAAAAAGCUGUUAGAUUUGCAUUGGGGGUCCAAAUCUAUAUUAAUAGCCAUGGUUUUGGAAUGGGAUGUCCAUCAUACUCAUGUCAAUGAGAUGGUCUGCCUAAAUUAUAUAUUUGAGUAUUCAAAGCGUGUACAUAAAGAGAUGUUAAUUAUCUUGUAUAAUCUAUGUAUUUGGUUUUACCAAUACCAAAGAGCUUGGUAAUUUGUGCGCCUAAUUGAUUUAGUAACCUUGUGCUUUAAUUUUUAUUUUAUUUUUCAAAUUGGAGAAAAAUAAAAACUGGCUCCUAAAUUUGUAAAGAAACACUGCAAGGAAUAGAAAAGUGUAUUCCUGACACUAGUGUUGAAAAAAAUAACUUUAUUCUAGUGACUUAUGAGUCUGUUAUGGCUGGAUCCACCGACCCACCCUCAGCAUUCUUGACUCAACAUAACAUAAAUAUUGACUAUCUAGAUUAAUACAAUGCUUUCUCAUAGCAAAGCAUUGGGGGGGCUAAUACUCACGCAUGGCAAAAUGGCGCGGAGCACCAGUCAGUAUCUCCUCAUAGGAAUGCAUUGAAUUGAUGCCUCACCAUGAGGAACUUUCAGAGUUUCCAUGCAGAGCGUGGAGAACUUCUAGUGGCUCUGAGUGACUGAUACUAGAGGUGUUACUAGGCAGCAAUGUAAAUACUGCCUUUUAUUUGAAAAUGCAGUUUUUACAUUAACAAGCCUUUAGAGACAUGCUAUACACACCAGAACAACUAUAUUGAGCUGUAGUUGUUAUGGUGACUAUAGUGUCCCUUUAAGAAAACAUCCGCUCUGCAUUGGCAAAUUUCUUCAAAUCUAUUAAAUUUAGCAUUUUGAUUUCAGUUCAGUCUUAAGUGAAACUGCUGAUACAGGUCACAGCCUCAGACUUCUUAAAUUAUGUUUGGCAUGUCAAAAAAUAUAUACAUAAUUCUAAAUGUUUGUUUGUUUUUUGUUUUUUUACAGGCCCAGGCAAAGUACCUUCGAUGUAUCUCUGUGACGUGUUUGUACCUUGCAGCCAAAGCCAAUGAGGAACGUGAGGUAGGAUAUAUUGAGUAACUAGUUCAAUCACUCUGGUUCCAACAAAAUGCAUGCUUUGACAAUAUGCUGACUCAUUCCAGCACUUUCAGUCUGACUACCCUGUCCACACAGACAUAUAGAGGCAAGGGUUACCAUGGUACCUGUAGAAAAAUGCAAUUUAAAAUUUAAGACGUGCAGCUGUCCCCCACACAGUGUACAGACCAAGUCAAAUACAGAAAAAAAAGGAGGGAAAAGCAAAUAGAAUAAAUGUUGUUCUUCAAGAUGCUUUGAGAUAGGGCUCUGCUUGAAACAUCUGUAUUCUUGCUUUUCUUUUCAAAAAAAUUUAAGGUGCUCUUUGUGCACUAUUAUAGUUGCGCUUCCAUCUUUAUUUAUGUAUUUUGCAUGACUAUCUUGUUAAUUUGUCUUUAUAUUUGUGUAUUUCACCAGUGUGUUAACACAGCAAAGGACUUGCUGAUUUCACUAGUGUAUAGAAUAGAGCUCUCCAGAAUGCAAAGCUCUUCUGCCUUUUUGUUAAGUGGGUCAGGGACUCCGCAUCUCUUUAGCACCAUUACACUUCUGCACUCACCAAUUGUGUAGCGUAAUGCUGUGUGGGUCCAUUGUUUAUUAAAACACUCAUGAUCAAUGGCUUUGAAACUUGAAAAUGUAACUUCACUAAACAAGUUAGAACUUGUUGGAAAAUUGCUAUUUUCUUCUAGAAUUUAAAAAAGAACUUUAAAACGACAGCACACAAUAUGAAAACUAUGCUACAGGAAGUCUUAACCACAGAGCAAACAAGUGCUAACCUACAUUUUUAACGUUAGAUGCAUUGUGUUUGAGUUCUUAUAAACUGUUGUAUAGCAUGAAGGACAAUUUGUGGCCGGUUAAAGUAGGCUGACCAUGCGAAGUAUACUAUUGUAGGUGUAAGAGCUGAAAUAUUCCGUAGUGACCAGGUCAAAGGUGGGUUAGCUGUUAUGUAUGUAAUUAUUCUAUCAGAUUAGACAGGGUUGGUUCUAGGGGAUAUUUUUUUUUUUUCAAUGCAUACACAAGCCUUGACUCACUGCAGAGCAGCAAACGACCCAACAUGGUAAUCUCUCUGUUGCAAAUAUCCAUAUUCCCUGCAACAUAACUUAUCUUUAGUUCUAAUUAUAACUGGCUUGAUUAUUCUAGGUAUAAUUAGACCAUUUGUUACACACAUGAUGCAAAUUUUUAUAUUCUACAAAGAUAAGUCCUUUUAUAAGUCCUUUUAUAAGUCCUUUUAUAAGUCCUUUUAUAAGUCCUUUUAUAAGUCCUUUUAUAAGUCCUUUUAUAAGUCCUUUUAUAAGUCCUUUUAUAAGUCCUUAAGGUUCAUAUGAUUAAAGUUAAAGUGGCUUCACUGCAAUCAAAAACUAUGAUAAGAUAGACCGAGCAAAGAGUACUUUAUGUUAUGAUUUAAGGAACACUCUACACCAAAACAAUUACGUUACGCUGUGGUGGUUCCGUUGAUUAUAUUUCCUCGCCUGCAGGGACAGUCUGUUUAAACACACAUUGCCUUUUCUGUGAAAAGGCAGUGUUUACAUUUGUUUCCAAGAAUGCCUCUAAAUACUUUCCUGGUCUCCAUACUCUGCAUGAAAAGACUUCGCUCACCACAGGUACAUUGGUACAAUGCAUCUCUGAGGUCAUCCUGAUUAUACUGUGGGGAUAUUUAUGGGAUAAUAAUAGUAACAGUGAGAAUUGCCCACUAAUUCAAUUCUCAGAUCCCAAAUAUCGUUAUCGUGUUAAGUGAAAUGUAUACCAUAUAAAUAAAUCACAAUGUUAUAAAAAUAGAUUUUAUUUUAUAAUGACAAAUUAAUUAAUAAUAUGUAACAUGCGUGACAAUAAUCAAUGAAUAUCCAGUAUAAAAUGAUAUGCAAUACAAAGGAAUGGCUAUACACGUUUCAAUGGCUAAACAGCAUUUUCUGUCAAGUCUUACACGAUUUAUGAGGUAUCUUUCACAGAGAGAAAGCUUUUCACAGCGAAGGGCCAUAAAACCCUGGCUAACAGUUAGAAUAACCCUUUCAAUGCUGGCUAGAUCUCCUAAGUAAUUAGGAUCUAUUCUUAUGUAAUUUUAAUUAAAAUAACAUUUAAACCAGUUCAUUAGACAUUUCCUGGAACCAUCCAAUAAGAGAAUCUACCAUGUUAUAUAAGCAGAUUUUAAUUUGUCUAAAAGAUAUCUAUCUUAUAUUAGAGCAAAUCAAUACACCUGGAUAAAAACAGCGGUAUGCUACCACGUGAUAAUAUCACAUCAAUAUAUAAUUAUUCUUAAUUCCACCUGCAGAAUGGAAUGUUUAUAACUAUAUAUUCUUUAGUUAACUAAGAUUUCUUAAUAUGGAAAUCUGACCGUGCUUUAUCCAGUCAUAUAUCCUGCUAUUAAUACAUUUUAAUUAAUUAAAUGAAACCAGUAUAAUUACCAGUUGAGUAGAUAUUUCAUCCGAUUGGUAGAUAGUCUCAGGAACUUAUUUGGAUGUCUGUAGGUGCAUGAGUUAUGGUGAAAGGUGGUGUUGGUUAGAAAGUCAAUAAAACUCUAAGUGUUAGAGUUUUAAGAGUAGAGUGUUAGUCUCAGAUGUUGUGAGUUGGAGUCCCCAAACUUCCAAUUCCUCUCUCCUCUUUUUCUUUCUCCUUUGCAUACCCUCUAUCUUCCCUUUGUCCUAACUUUUAAAGGGCCAGACUCUCUGUACGUCAUCAGUUGAUAACCCAAUAGAAGCACUAGAGGUGUGGUUAUCUUCCAGAUCGCAAUUUAGUUAUUUGGUCUAUAGAGGGCAGUCUUGUCCCACUAAACAUACCUAUCCAGGAACUUUUCUUGGUGGCUAUUUUGACGUCAUUUUGGCCUAUUUUUAUAGUGCCAUAACUUACAUUUUUGCUGUCAGAUCAAACAGUUUCUUUAAGUUUUGUCCAGACUUAGUGUCUGCAAUUCCUGCUAUAAUUUCUAAAAUGGCAGAUCAUGAACUAAGUUUAACCUUAAACUUACAAUGGUACCUUUUACAUAUAUAGAAAGUAAAAUUAAAUUAUAUAAUCUUCUCUGUCACAAAUGUCUGGGUUUAGAAUUUAUUAUAUUCCAUUAGCAUUUUAGACAGUCUAUCCAACCCCCGUUCUCCUUAUCACUUGGUUUGUUUAUACUAUGCAUUCCUUUAGCUCUGGGAAACUGGUUAGUUUUACAGAUAGAAAUCUUGUGUCUUUUUGUUAACUUGAGAAUAACAAAAUGGAGUCUGAUCUGUUCAGAGUGACUCGGAAUAUACACUUUUAAUUUCUAUCAUAGCACAAGAUGUCUGCCGAUAUAAAUACCCUGACAAUACGUGGCAAUUGGUGUAGAUCUGUGCACCACUUCUUUUGUAGAAAUAAUUUGAAUGGUUGAGAUGGUCACUAAUGACGAUGAGCUUAACCAGGAGAAGAGCAGCGGCCAUGUCAAGACCAUCAUGGAAUUAAAGAUAACCAAAACCUCAAAAUCCACGUGGGCAUUUUUGGUUUAUAAUAGGUGAAGGUCUAACUUGUCAUAGUUAGGUGAUGGAGGCGUUGCUUGGGUUAACCUGGCUUCUGGGCCCAAGGCAGGGUCGCACAUGAGGGCAGAUAGACUGGCUACAUAGAUAUAUACACCGGUACCCACACAUACUAAACCAGACACAAAUUCAUAGGCACAGACACCGGCAUAUAUAGAUAGGGAUACUGCUCUUAGAAUAGAGGUGCAAAUAUUUUGCUUUUUCAUCCCAAGAUUCUUGCUUUUUAAUCUACUUCUGCUCCCUUUUUUUUAAUUGCCCUUUUUUGUCCACACUCAUGUAGUAAUACAAGCUUAUCUAGUAUAGCUUAAAUUUCUUUGAACUCCAAGUAUUAUUUAUUCAUGUACUGUAACCAUUUCUUCUUCUGGCUGUGAGACAUCUCCCUUGGCCGUGACUCACACGUCCUGCAUGAAAAGAAAAUGGUUACAUUUUUCAAUCAGAUGCCAACUUACUUGAAGGAAUAUUAUAGUCACCAGAACUACAGCUUAAUGUUGUUGUUGUUGUUUUGGUGAGUAUAGUCCACAACUACAGGCUUUUUGCGGUAAACCCUGUUUUUUUUUUCAGAGAAAAGGCAGUGUUUACCAUACAGCCCAGCUAGGGACACCUCCACUGGCCACUCCUUAGAUGGCUGCUAGAGGUGCUUCCUGGGGGCAGUGCUGCAAAGUGUGCAGCACUGACAUUCAGGUAUGAUUUUAGUAAACUAAAGCUGUUUUGGUGCCUUUUUAAUGUCCAUUAAAGCCAUAUUGUGAGUGUUUUCUUCCAAUGUCCUCUGCUCUUCAAAGGUUUUCUGUAUUAGUUAAUGCUGUCUGGCUGACAUAGCUGCAAUGGCAUACUGGUAACUUCAUCAUCUUCAUUUACCUAGUUCUACCAUGCUCACCAGGGCUAAAUUUUCAUUCACUAAUGGCAAAUGAAAGCUUUGAGCCCUUUUGUGUAACUUUCUCUUUCUAGAAUUGCGCUUCCCCCAACCCAUAUACCAGAAUACAUAAUACACAAAGACAAGUUGGACGUUUUUGGCUCCGUCUUUAUUUAAUUUCAUUUGUUACAGGUAAUACCAUUGGUGAAGGAUCUUGUAGAACAGAGUGAGUGCAUGUGUUCAUCUGCUGAGAUCUUGAGGAUGGAAAGACUUAUACUGGAUAAACUGCAGUGGGAUCUGUACAUGGCUACACCAGUGGACUUCCUUAACAUUGUAAGAAUAUGCAACUCAUAGGAGCAGUUUAUUAAAUACAACAGGAACACAUAUGCACAUGUCUGCUAAUGCCAAAUAAGGUCUAUGUUUUUGAAACUAUUUACCAGUCACCAAAUUAGUCUGAUGGUAAAAGAAAAGUGACUUUAUUUUUCUUUGCUAACAAUAUUUUUUUAUUAUUAUUUUUUUCAUUUUAUCUUUCUCUUUUAAUAAAAAAAAUCUAGAUUUUUUUUUUUUCUUCUUUAAAUUUCUACACGAUGAUAUCUUUGUAACAUUGCAAAAAUAUUUCUCUAAUACUGUACAUAGAAAGCUGUCUGGUGGGUGUGUUUUUUUUAUAUAUAUAUAUAUAUAUAUAUUUUUUUUUCCACCAGGCACCAUGAAAGCUUCCAGUUCAUCCACACUGGCUGCUCUUUAAACAUUCUGUUCAUCUGGCACUUAAAAUAUUAUCUGUCUCUUGUAUAAAAGGCCAAUAGCUCUCUGUGAUCUUUUUAUGUUGGUGGAAGGAGCUGGACUCAUUUAAGCAGAGAAAGGGCUAUGUGCAUGUUAAGGCAAAACUGCAUGGCACAGGGAAUUAAACGUCUGUACCAAACCAUGCGCUGACUGAACAUUUUUAACCCUGUUUAAUACCCAAGAGGCUAGCAGCGCAUGAUUUUGCCUUGGCAAGGCUUUCGCUUUGUUCAUUCUAGCACAUCUAGAAUAAUUUACGACUUAAACCUCUGGUGUGAUUUUACUCUUUUGGAAAAUGAACCAAAGGUUAGACCACUGGAAAUGAUCAAUUUUUAGAUUUCAAGAUUUGCUGGUAUUGUCCCUGUAUUUUAAAACAAAGUAUUGCGGAAAAGUGUGGAAACGGAGUUUAAGUUUUGUUUGUCACAAUGACUUCAUAGAUUCUAGACUCUUUUUGCAAAAAGACAUUGCGUGUUGAGUUGCUCAGGAAUGCAAUUUAUCACUUGACUUACAGUUUUUGCACACAAUUUCGUUUAAAAUUCUUUCCCAGUUUUGAUUCCCUUUCAUUUUUUUUUUUUUCUUUCUCAUUUUUUUUUUUUUUUCUUCACUGUAUAAGGAAAUGUGAUUUAUGUAACUGCAACUAAGGAAACACAAUAGACUGGCUAUGUUUAAAUUUGCUCUUACAUUCAAUAGAAGCUCAAAAGUCUAAUGGUUGAUAAUGGAUUAACACAUGUAAAAAAAUAAACAAAUGCCUUUUAAUGUAAACUUCAUUUUGGUUGCCUCAUUUGGUCAGGAGGAUACAUGAAUGGUAGACAAUUGACCAAAGACAUUAAUAUAUAAUUAUUUUUUUUGUAUCAGUUUCAUGCCAUGGUGAUGUCCCUUUGGCCUUCGUUCUUCCAUGGCCAUCCUCAAAUGAAUCCCUCUCGCCAUGUUGCACUCUUGACUAGACAGGUGCAGCACUGCAUGGCUUGCCACCAGUUAUUGCAAUUUAAAGGCUCCACAUUAGCUUUGGUAAUCAUCAGCUUGGAGUUGGAGUUGAUGACUGCUGAUUGGUUCCCGAUUACUUCUGAGCUGUUGAAGAAAUCAAAGGUAAGCAUGAAAGUGUUGCACUGCGUUGUCACAUUAUCAUCACAUCAUUGCAGAAGGGCUGCAAUCUCAAGGGGAUAGUAGUUGUUCCUCUGCUCUAUAAUUUAUACAUAAAACACGAUCAACCGUGUAUAACAUCGGUUAGUAACUGCAAAGGCUGGAAACUUGCAUUCUCACCUCCUUGUGGUUUAACCAAGCAAACUGCUAUGUGACAUGUUGGACUUAGUCAAUUUGAUGCAAUAGUGUGCAAAACUGUAUGUUAGAAAAUGCAAUAGGAAUAAAUUGUGGUAUAGGGGAGGAGCACCUGACUGAGUAUGAAAGGAAGCUGAAACUGGUCUAAUGCAAUUUAUGGCUGGUGGGAGGAAGCUUCCAAUAUGGCAAGUUUCAGAAACCUUUUGAGUAUUUUACUGUCCUAAAUUGUAAGUAAUCCGCUUUACAGAGAAAAGAUACCAAAUAAUUGUCCUAAUAUGAUCAAGCUUGGAUAAGGAUGUUUUUCAUUUUCACCCAGAGCCAAAUGGCUGUGGCAGUGAAUAUGUGGAAAGAAAAUCUGUUUUAGGGUGAUCCACUAAAAUGUCUGGCCUAACAUUUUUAAACCAUAACCCUGUUUUGUUUGUAUAUUUCUGAAGUGUAUUUAACUAGUUAAUGCUAUUAAACAAGGGUGAGCACUACUGAAUUGUCAGGAAUUCUAUUGAAUUUAAAAUUUUAAAAAGUAGUUCAGUUCCCGAUCUUCAUCCCAAGCGCACAGAGAGCUGCACGGGGAUAAAGGAGGGGAGUCUGGACCAGCGCCAGCUCACUCCCAUCAGCCGCAUCCAGCCCCACUGUAACAUGCUGCUGCCCAAUCCCACUAGACCACACAAAAGCCUCCCUCCUUUGCCCACAAGGUAGGAAACAGGAGGGUGGAUAAAAUAAUGUAUUUAUUUAUUUUUUCUCUGUGUAUAUUUGUAUGUGUAUUUGUCUGUGUCUAUCUAUGAAUCUGUAUGUGUAUAUCUAUCUGACUAUCAAAUAAUAAAAAAUAUUGUCUGUCAAUGUGUAGAUUUAGGUCACCAGCUCACCUCCAAUCACAUGGGAAUGGUGGUUUUUACUUACCUUUUUCAAAUGGUGUGCCAGCGUCGCUGCAGCUAGCUCGCCACAUAACUGAAUUAUCAAUCUUGAUCUCAGCCAAUUUAAUGCUUUUCCAUAGGAAUGUGUUGGGAAGCUAUUGAGCAUGAACGGCAAAAUGCUGCUCCAAUUGGCAUCUUCUCCCAGAGAUGCAAUGAAAUCAAUGUUUCUUUACAAAGGCUGUGUUUUAAAUUGAAAAGCCUGCAGGAACAGGCUCUAGAAACGAGAACUGCUACAUUAAGCUACAGUGCUUCUGGUGACUAUAGUGUUCCUUUAAGAAUUGUAUUUUUGUCAUUGGGAAAAAAAAAUGGCUCCUAACUUUUAUUUUUUUUUUAUUUAUUUUUUUUAUUAAAGUUGGCUCCUAGAUUCAAAGCAAAUUUGUCAAGACCUGAUAUAUCUAUAUAGAUAUAUCAUAUUUUGUCUCCAAAAAAAUUACUUUUUUUAGUAUUUGUGUGCUUAUGUUGUAAGAGUUAGGUCAGCAGAAAGACUAAAAUGGCUACUCAGACAGCUCAAAAUAGACUUUACUGUUAUUUGAUCAUCUGCUGCUUAACCCCUUAAGGACUAAACUUCUGAAAUAAAAGGGAAUCAUGACAUGUCACACGUCAUGUGUCCUUAAGUGGUUAACCUAAUUUGCCUGGCGCUGUGAUUGGGAAACUGCACUAUAGGGACACUGUAGUCACCAGAACAACUACAGCUUAUUGCAUUUGUUCUGGUGAGUUGAAUCAUUCCCUUCAGGCAUUUUGCAGUAAAUACUGUUUUUUUCAGAGAAAAUGCAGUGUUUACAUUACAGCUUAGUGAUGACUCCACUGGCCACUCUUCAGAUGGCUGCUAGAGGUGCUUCCUGGGGCACUGUCAUUCAGUGUCUCCACCCUCUGCACGGAGACGCUGAACUUUCCUCAUAGAGUUUAAUUGAUUCAAUUUAUCUCUAUGAGGAAAUGCUGAUUGGCCAGGGCUGUGUUUGACUUGUGCUGGCUCUGCCCCUGGUCUGCAUUCUUGACAGUCUCAGCCAAUCUAUGGGGAAGCAUUGUGACUGGCUCAGACCACCACUUCUGAUGAUGUCUGCAGAUUUGAAAACAAGAUUUUACUAUAUUUAGUAAGGCAAGGGGGAUUUGGGGGGCUAGAUGGUGGUUUUAACACAAUAGGGUCAGGAAUACAUGUUUGUUCAUGACCCUAUAGUGUUCCUUUAAGUAGUCUCUGGUCAGAUGAGUGAAGAAAAGUAUAUGGAUUGAGGAAAAUAUGACCUUUAGAAACAAAGAUUCUAAACUUUUAGAAAAAGGUAAGACUGUUUAUGAAUACCUGUCUUGAUUUGAGGCAAUCCUGUAAUGAUUACAUAUGGCUAACUAGCUAAACCUCUUUAACCCCUUAAGGACACAUGACAUGUUUGACAUGUCAUGAUUCCCUUUUAUUCCAGAAGUUUAGUCCUUAAGGGGUUAAGGAAUUUUAACUGACCUAAUUUAGCAAUUUUGAUUUUCUCUUUUCAGAUUGAAAAUGCAGAUUUUAUCAACUGUAAGGAAAUGAUUGACCGUCACCUUGAAAGGCUAAUGCCAUCCAACUCCGUGUAUGUUUUUAUUUCUACUAGCAAAGCUGUUCGGUCAAAGAAAAGGGCUAAUAUAUCUUCUCCUGAAGGGUGCAAUGCACAGGCUGUGACUGUCGUUAGACAAAAAAUGAGCAAGCCUUUUCAAGAUCCUCUCACCAGUGCUUCAGAGUCAGCUCAUCAGGAUAUAAUGGAGACAGAGUUUUAUGAUGGAUUCAAGUAUCUGUACAGUGAAGAAGGCACAGAGGAGGCAGCUAUCAAUGCCUCAUCGUAUAGUACCCUUCAUUAAAUUAGGAGGUACCAGGUCUGUGCCAAAAGGAAAAAAGGGAACCGAAUAAGGAUCCAAAAGCAAUACAGGAAAAUAAACUAUUGCUUGUACUGAAAGAUUACGGCUAAUGGACUUGCCAAAUUUCUGGUCUUUCUGCUGCCAAAGAUAAUCUAAUAAGAGAUUAUUUGGGGGAAGGAGGUAAUGUUCUUGUGACAUGCUCAUUUGGUACAGUGUUCUGUAUGAUACAUGUGUGGAGUGUUUUUUGGGAUUUUAUUUUAUUUUUUUUUUUUUUUUGCCCCAUUCCAGGUUAUUGAGGUUGUUUUCAAUAUAUAACAAGGAGGUGGAAAUGGAGAAUGUCAGUCAGGUCAGGACAAAAACUAAUCAAAACUAAUUUUGAAUUGUCCUCUUUAAAUAACCCAAUUGACUAUUUCCCAAG